AUGCCCAAGAAACGCUCAACUGGCAAAUCUUCGCAUGGCCACAAACAAUCCCUCUCGGAGUUUGUAGCGAACAGCACCAACCACCAUACACAACAAUUUGAAGAGGACUUUGAUUUGCAGAAUAUUGAUGUUGAACAGCAGAGAUUGAUUUUGGAGCAAAUCAUGAAUGAAAAGGCUUUUCAAGGAGAAGAGAAUAAUAAUAACAAACAAGAUGAGAAGAGCCAACAACAACAACAACCACUUGCAAACUCUUCUUCCAAAGAUCUGAAUGGAUUGAAGGAAACGGUCCAAUCAUCCAACGGAGCUGAAACCUCUCAUAACAAGGAGUAUUCUCCAGUAAAGGUGGUGGAUACCACUCAUGAUGAUGAAUUACUUGCUCGCAUGUUGCAAGAGGAGGAAAAUCUUGCAGCUGCUGUCGAGAGUAAAAUUGUCAUUGGAGGAGGAGGAAGAAAGGGUUACGUCCCUGUGUCUAUAGUGAGAAUGACCUCGUCGGAAUUUGCAAGUGAUGAUGAAGAAGAAGCAGAUGAAGACAACAACGACGAUGAGGACUAUGACGAAGAUGAAUACUAUCGUUCCAUUCGAGGAGACGACAAUUUGACUCUUGAUGAAGAGAGUGCCAUGGAUUUGAAUGAUGUUUAUCACAUUUCCAAUGCCAAUACUACUGGUUUGGCCGGAGAUUAUGUCAAUGCCUUGAUGAGAGCUGAUACCAAAGUGUUGCAUUCUUCUCAAUUCCGUGAUCAUAGUGCUCACUCCUUCAGUUCUCGCAGAAAUAAGAAGGAAACGAUCGAACGAAUCCGUUGUGUGGACAAACAAGAUGAGAGAACCACGGACAAGGUGUUGGAUCAUAGAACCAGCAUGAUUCUUUACAAACUCAUGAACUCGGGAAUUGUGACACAAUUGAAUGGAUGCGUUUCAACAGGAAAGGAAUCUCAUGUCUUUCACGCUGCGGGCUGUUUGGAUGAAAUUACUGGUGAUACUUCUGGAGCUGAGAUUGAUUUUUGCAUUAAGAUUUUCAAGGUUGUUGGUGCCUCAUUUAAACGAAUGAAGGACAAGAUGAAGGCCAACAGCCAGAAGAAUAUCAAAAUUUAUGCUGAGAAGGAAAUGAGAAAUUUGAAAAAGCUCAAUCAAGCCGGUGUCUCUUGCCCUACGCCCUAUCUCGUGAGAGAUCAUGUCAUUUUGAUGAGCUUUAUUGGAAAACAAGGAUUUCCAGCUCCUGCUUUGAAAGAUGUGAAUUUCACUAAUAUGGAGAAAUUGAAGAAGGCCUACAUUCAAGUCAUCUCGAACAUGAGAAAAAUGUAUCAAAAGGCAAAACUCAUCCAUAGCGAUUUAAGCGAGUACAAUAUUUUGUAUCUCCAUGGUGAGGUGUUCAUCAUUGAUGUCUCUCAAGCAGUUGAAACCCAUCAUGCCAAUGCCAAGUCUUUCCUCGUGAAUGAUUGUAGACACAUUAAUCAAUUCUUUGCCAAGAAAGGAUUGACAACCAUUUUGACAGAUAAGGAGCUCUUUGAUUAUGUGAUUCAAAAUGUUGAGGGAUAUAUGAAUGAGGAUGAAUUAUUGGAGACUACUCUCUGCGUUACUGAACUCCGAGAUAUUUCCAUGAUUGACCAAACACAGGAUGAGAAAUAUUUUGCUCAGGUCUGUUUGCCUCAAUCCUCCAUUGAUUUUGAUGAUAAUUAUCAUGCUAUGGUAGCCGGUAAUGCUGCUGUUGAAAUUGUUGAGUAG